GAAAGAAAGAGGGGGAAGGGGAGGACCGACCACACAACCCUUGCUCCACCAUUGUUGUGACCUCUUUUUGCAGUAAGAAACAAAAUAAGAAAUGGGAAAGGAGAAGCCAAAAUCCAUAGGAGUAUGGCCUGCAGUGAAACCCUUCGUCAAUGGUGGAGCGUCUAGCAUGCUCGCUACCUAUGUUAUCCAACCCAUCGACAUGAUCAAGGUCAGUGAUCCUCUUGAGAAGGCUGCACUUAAGGGAAUAGAAUGGAGUUAUAAAUUUGAUGUGAAGGCUAUGUCGAAAAAGGGAGGUGGCAAUGCUAUUCAGAUUGUGCAGAGACACCACUUCGCAUCUCACUUGAAACGGAUGGCAGUUGUUGUUCGUGUUCAGGAGGUGCACCAGAAACCAUUCAGGAUAUGCUCAUUGAUUUACCUUCAUCAUAUGUUAAACAGAUGGAGUAUGCUGGUUACUUUAUUUAUUUGUGUGCAUGCUGAUGUGCAUCAAGCUAAGUGGAGUGCUCUAUUUGAACAGAUGGAUAAAGGCCUUUCUGAAGAAGAAAAACAAUUGGUGAGUCUCUAGGAGAAUGGUCUGUUUGGAUAUAUUCUAAAGAUGAAAGCCCGUAGUCUAAGCUUUAGUCAUGUAGGAUGGGUGCAUGUGCAUCAUUAUGAAACUUAAAAUAUAUUUGAAUUUGAAUUCCUCCAACAAAUAACUUAGGUCAAAUUAGAUCAUCAUUCACUUGAUUCACCAAUUUUUCUAGUAGAUUACAUGGAGGAGGUGAAGUAAUUCUAAGUCCUCUAGCAUGACAGUCACUAUUAGAAUUCAUAUGAUGGACAAUGCAUUAUUGCAAAUUCAAGCAAACUAACUUACUAAUCUGUUUAAAUGGGGUGUUUGAACUCUGUUACUACUAUAAGCAUUUUUUUCCCCAUUUUAUGAUUUUAAUUUCAGGAAAGUUGGCUGAAUUAGAGGUUUGGCAUACGUUGUUGUUUUACUUACAUUUUGGUGAAACCAUUAAAAUCAAUAACUGUUUCAUUGCCAAACUGUAAGUUUUCUAUAGGUGAAUAUAAUUUGCUCAAUUUAGCCUACAUCUAUUUAUCAUGAAUUUUUGCCUUCUAAAAUCGUAGUUCUGUUUAUUAUCUUGGUUAAAAUUUAUAGUUAUUUUCUCAAAUGGCAAGAAUCUUAUGCAAACUGAUUCAUAUGAAUGUUGUGCAUAUGUUGAGUAGUCUUCGAAAUUGACAAUUGGACAGUGACACAGUUAGACAAUCUGGUUAAAGAGGCCAACAACAAAUCUUAAAAAAUGCAUCACAUUCUUCACUCAUUAUAGAGAAAACAUCCAACUCCACAGCAAUGUAUUACAACUAAAAACAAAGAUCAAUCAGCAGCAACAUAGAAAUAAGUAGGAGAGACCCUAGCCACACCCAGCAAAACUGCAGCCACAAGCCUCAAAAGACUCAAUUAGCAACACUGCUUCAUCACGUCAAAAAAACCUUCACCACCUCAGUAAACUCCUACACCAUACUCCCUUUCAAAAAUUGUGCCGGGAAUGUUUCAUUGACUUUGCAUGCAUCUAUUCAUGUUACUAAUAGCAUAAGCAUAGCCUUUAGUUUGAAGCAUUCAAAUACUUUUUAUACCUUAUAGUUUGUUGUAUCACUCCUAUUAAUUAGUCAUUUUUAAAGACCCUUUGUUUCUUGUGCACUAAAGAUCGUUGUCGUAGAUUCCUAAUUCACAUGUUUCUUGUCCUAGACUCUAAUUUGACUUGGACUUUUUAUUUUGGAACUUACAAUGGUAAUGGAUAAAACCCAUACAAACCUAAACCUCAUACAUAGAGAUCCUUUAACAUAAUUAUGCAAGUCCUAAGUAGGUGCUGCAUUGAAGUAGAUUAAUUUCACCUCUUCCUCUUUUUAAAUUUAAUUUUUCUCUUGAGCUUCUUAUGGCUUGGAUUUAGUAGCAAACUAUAUUUUCCUGUACGAACUUAAUGGUUUGUUUGAAGAUUCUUACUCAUUUUUCUCUAGAAACAUUGCAACAAAAGGGUAACUUCAUUUUCAUUUGAGGUAUGAAAAAAAAGGUUUUGCUUCAUGUGGAUUUUAUUUGCAUAUAUGUUAAGACUAUUGAGAUCUUGAAUUUUUGCUAAUUUUCAUUAUGACAUUGCUUUUAUGAAGCCAUUGAAUUAUCUUAUUAAUUUUGGAAAUAUUUUGUUGAUGUCUCAAAUUUUUUUGAUAAUUUCUUAAUACCUCAAGAAAUAUUUUUGUCCCUGAGUUGUUGGUCUUUGUACUUAU